GGUGACAGAAGAGGUGGCUGAGAAUCAGAAGGAUGGGAAGGCUGAUUCAACGCUGUGUCAGACUCGGAGACAAGAAACGAGAGAGAAUAUCAGCCCAAGGGAGACGUGGGCCGUCUUAUAGCAACUCGUUAUCUCCCUUGAGAUCUCGACAGCUGGUACGAACUAUUAGGCAGAUCCUUUCAGAUCAGCAAGAUACGAGGAAGCUGCAAUCGCGUUGUGGCCUAUUUCGAACUUCGGAACCGUCGCCGGCGAAUUGCAUCCCUGUUGAUCGCGGAUUAAACCGGUGGUACGUCGAAAAAAGGGCAUUCGUGGAGGUGGUCCCGGAGAUUUUAGUGGAGGACUACGGCUUUAGGAUAUCGUGGAGGGCUGGAGAUACGGUGCCGUCAGUGGUGGAGUGGAUGAGGACAGUAAAGCCGGCGUGGACCGCGGAUAACCUCGGCAGGCGUGGCAUGACAAUCAGGGCACCCACACAGAGCAAUACGGAGUCGACACAUCUGGACCUGUCCAGAAUGCUGACGGCCCCUAAGCUCAGCGCACACAGUUCCCAGGGUGGGGUAAUGUUCGCCCUCCUCAAUACGGGGUCCAAUAUGACCUGUGGAGAGGAGAGUGAAGGUUUUCUGGGCUCAGUAAGAAGAUAGUGGAGGAAUCGUUAUGACUGGACAUGCUGACGAUUUGUGUCACUGACUGUUAUAAACUGCGCCAAUCAAGAUGGUAGGGAAAAGGCCAGCAUAGCAGGUUUCCGCCCGUGUUGUUGGCCACAGAACAGCCUGGAUUCUUGUCUCCCACUCGCGAUACGCACCAUCAGCUUAUGGUGAAGGUGUCCCAGCCGGUGCCAACACGAAUUUUUCUCCAGGCAAGGUUACACAGCAUAUGGGACGGAACGGAAGGAGUCGGACAGGUCGUCGAGCGACUGGCCCCAUAGGUGUCUCGCAGCGUCAGAGACAUGAAUGGUUGCUCUUGGUACGGACGCGCUGCUGGUUUCCAUCGGUCCGACAGUGGGCGUGUCCCUCCGAGGCAGGUCGAGCCAAAUUAUACAGAUAGCAGCUCAACCAUGAUAAUGGACCUAUCGGGUACAAUUAGCGAUGCGCGACUGACCUUCGACGAACUCGACAUCAAGACACUCACGCGUGGGAUGUUAGCCAUGGUCCUAUGCAUACAAUAUGUACACGAAGAAGGGUCAAAAUGCGCAGCAAAGCCCUGCAAGCGACGCAGUUCUCUUGUCAGAGGCGGUGCUUGGCGUCAUGUGACUUCACGUGAUCUUUCUGUUCCUAUUCAUCGCGUCCUCCAUCUCCAUCUCCAUCUUAAUCUUAUAUAUCUGCGCCGGAAUCGUUUUGCACACGGGGCGAACGACACUCACGCCUUACCCAGAGAUAUUCUCCCAUACACAUACUUAUACUGAUUUCUUCCAACUGGCUAGUACAGGAUUACCUCCUGGCUUACCGUGCAUACUUGCCCGACUUACUACGUCCUACACGGCUGCGAGAGCGACAGAGAGCCUGCUACAAGCGCUGCUCUCAAUCUUCGUCCAGCACCCGGUGCUCGUAUGCACGGAACAUUUGCAAAACAGUUGUUCACGCGAAUGUGGUACACUAAAAGAAGCAGGGAGUUGUUGUUGUGUACUGUGCUAAUGCGGCAUAAUGGCCAAUAUCACAUCGUUCCUCAAAAGCACCCGCACUUCGCACGGUUAAUGUGUUCCACAUCAACUCCCCGCUCACCCCGUUCAGUCUCUCAUUUCGCGCUUACCGCUACCCGUGGUCGAUCAUUCUAUGGAUGGGUGUAAGAGCCUCAACUUUGACACGGGCCAAGCCAGCAGGGGGGAGGUCGUGCCGCACCUAGCGUCCAAGGUUCUGCGCUUCGUCAAUAGCCAUUUUCAGGUCAUGCUUAGGUUGCUGAGAAACCUGGUGGCAUUCAAUGCUACCUAAGGCAUGUCUAUAAGGGGCCUCGUACGGCAACCCUGAGUCAUUGCAGCUACCCUUGGCCCGCGCACUGAAUUGAAAUCCCGUGAGCGUUGCGUUAUGCACGAUAUUCCCCGGAACCGGCGGAUGCUAUGAUGGGUGGUGCCUUCCAUGCUAUGAUGUUUCGUGGCUGCACAGGUGUUCUGAUGCUCAAGAGUGUCUCUAGCUUGCGGAUUUGAUCGUUCGCAGUAGCGUUUCCGCGCUCCUGGUGGAGACGCAGAAGCAGAUUAUGGAUAUCAGGUUUGCUGAACGACCAUUUGACCGUGCUAACUCCCUUGUCCAAGCUGUGGUUAUUCAAGGUUGACUGCAGGUUUUGAAUCAGCCUCCUGAGUUAUCACCUCAAUACUCGAUACGAAGCAACCUAUUUAGUCAAGCGUCAUCGACGAAGAAGGGGAGGGAAUCGACCCUUUGGCCUUACUUUUUCAACGGACUCGUGCGCAAGAGCGCAGGGUGAAGCUGCUACAGCCGCGCAUAUAAAAUGGAUUCCUUUCUCAGAGAGACUUACCGAUUGCUAUUGUGGUUUGGUGUGCAUCCCAUCGUCACGUCGUUUCUUUUCGUCCAUGGUUUUUAUUGUACUGCAACUUUUGGCGGCAAAUCCAUUUGACUGGCAUCCCUGAUAUCAACUUCAAUGUGUCGCGUGGUGACUACAACUUACACUCAGUGCGGCUGUACAAGAAGUAUCCGCCACAACUGUUCUGCCAUUGGAACUCCCCUGUGCACCGUUCAGCACGUUACUUCGAAGCCGGUCAACGGGAAAUGUCCUGUUCAUUCCUAGCAGAUACAAAGUUCCACAGGCAUUUCCACCAGGCUGGUAAGGUCCCUGUUUGAUAAUCGUUCUUACUUUUGACAGUUCAUUGCCUCACCAGAGACCUGAGCCUGGGGGAUUCAAGAUAUCCGCAGCGACAUGAUGGCCCUGGAGCUGUUGCUCUUGCACUCGCAUUGAAGCUCAGAAUUCUUGACACCUGUUUGAUACGCUAUAGCAUUGUCACGAACGUGGGCGGUUGGCGUGGCAUACUGAGUAACCACACUGGCUGUGGUUCUUCUUUUUGAAUGAUGGAUUUAUAUUUUGACAGAAGCAGAGGACCAGUCUCUGAUAAUUG